GCGGCGGGCACAGACCUGCGCGUGCCGGGAUGGAGAGCUGCUGCCGCGCGUGUUUGCCGUGUUGCUCGUGCCUCUGGGACCGGAUAUGGCCCGGCCUCCGGUACCCCGGGCCCCGCGACCGCGACCACAUCCGCACCGUGUCCGGCGACAUCCGCGUCCCCGCGCCCAAGAAGCGGCCCGCGCAGCUGUACGCGGCGCUCUUCGACUUCGAGGCCCGCAGCGACGACGAGCUGACGGUUAAGGAGGGCGACAAGCUGUCGGUGAUCGAGAAGCGCGGACGCUACGUGCUGGCCAAGAAGCUCACCGGGAGCCUGGAGUCCGGCCUCGUCCCCGCCAACUACGUGGCUCUGCUGCAGGACGAGUUCGCCAAACACAAGUGA